CUGCUUCUUCUCUCAUACUUGUUUCUUCAGCUCCUCUUUCUUCUUCAAAUAGCAUUACUUUUUUCUUCAUGAUGCCAAGUGUUAAGCCUGAUGUAUUGGAGAGAGAGUCAGAGCCAUUUGUUGAAAUUGAUCCAACAAGAAGAUAUGGCAGAUACAAUGAACUGCUGGGAUGUGGUGCUGUGAAAAAGGUGUACAGGGCAUUUGAUCAGGAAGAGGGGAUAGAGGUGGCAUGGAACCAAGUGAAACUGAGGAACUUCAGUAACGAUCCUGCAAUGGUGGAAAGGCUUUACUCUGAGGUGAGAUUGCUCAGAAGCUUGACCAACAAAAACAUCAUCUCCCUUUACAGCGUUUGGAGGGAUGAGAAGCACAACACUUUGAACUUCAUCACUGAGGUCUGCACCAGUGGGAAUCUGAGGGAGUACAGAAAGAAACACAGGCAUGUGUCCAUGAGAGCCUUGAAAAAGUGGUCCAAGCAGAUUUUGGAAGGGUUGAAUUACUUGCAUGUUCAUGACCCUUGUAUCAUCCACAGAGACCUCAACUGCAGCAAUGUCUUUGUCAAUGGGAACACUGGCCAGGUUAAGAUUGGUGACUUGGGUUUGGCAGCAAUUGUGGGGAAAAGCCACUCUGCACAUUCAGUUCUAGGGACACCAGAAUUCAUGGCACCUGAGUUGUAUGAUGAAGACUACACUGAAAUGGUUGACAUAUACUCAUUUGGAAUGUGUGUGUUAGAGAUGGUAACACUAGAGAUUCCUUACAGUGAAUGUGACAAUGUUGCUAAGAUAUACAAGAAGGUGUCAUCAGGUGUGAGACCUCAAGCCCUGAAUAAGAUCCAAGAUCCUGAAGUGAAGGCCUUCAUUGAGAGGUGUCUUGCUCAGCCAAGGGCUAGACCUUCUGCUGCAGAGUUGCUCAAGGACCCCUUCUUUGAUUUGCUUGAUUUUGAUGAAGAUGUUGACUCUAAUACUUCAUGACCAAAAUUGUCUCAUCUGUAGUUUACAAGAUAACAUAUUGAUGUGCUGUUUUCCUUUUAUGAAAUAUGAUUUAUCCUUUUUUGAGUUGAUAAGUCAACUGGGGUAGGCUUGAUGACUAUGCCACAUUGCUUUUAUUU